AUGCCCUUCAGGAUGCAAGUGGCACCACUGCCACUGCAUUUCCUGUUGGGCAGAGAGCAAGUGAAAACAGCAGCUGCUGCAGGCAACGGCCAAGGCAGAAAUAGCUUCUGCGCGAUUCGCGGGAGGCUUCCCAGGCCCCUUAUCCCAGCCUUCCUGUGCCCCGAUCUCAGCUGCAAGAGGCCGCCGGGGGGACAGGAAGCAACUUUCACCAGACCACACUCCGGGGCGGCAGAGCUCCGCGCCGCCACCCACACCGGUCCAACCUGCGCCCGCGUGCCUGGGCGCCCCCUUGGGCUCGGACUGACUCCCGGGAGACCGCAGGGGCUGCAGACAGCGAUGCCAGGACGAGCUUCCCUCCGCGGGGCCCGGGGGGCCCAGGCGGCCUGGCUGCUGGGCGGUCUCUGGAUGUGGGCGCUGGGCGGACUCGGCGGCCAAGGGUUGGCGGCGCCGCGGGCCGGGGGCUCCCCCGGGGCUUCGCACCCGUGCCAGGCGCCGCAGCAGUGGGAGGGCCGCCAGGUUUUGUACCGAAAAAGCAGCGGCUUCAACAGCCGCGCCCUGCUCUCCUACGACGGGCUCAACCAGCGCGUGCGGGUGCUGGAUGAGAGGAAGGCGCUCAUCCCCUGCAAGAGAUUAUUUGAAUAUAUUUUCCUCUAUAAGGAAGGAGUGAUAUUUCAGAUUGAACAAGCCACCAAGGAGUGCUCAAAGAUCACCCUGACAGAGCCCUGGGAUCCGCUUGACAUUCCUCAGAACUCCACUUUUGAAGAUCAGUACUCUAUAGGGGGGCCCCAGGAGGAGAUUACCGUUCAGGAGUGGUCCGACCGAAAAUCAGCAAGAUCCUAUGAAACCUGGAUUGGCAUUUAUACCGUCAAGGAUUGUUAUCCUGUCCAGGAAACCUUUACCAAAAAUUACAGUGUGAUAUUGUCCACCCGGUUUUUCGACAUACAGCUGGGCAUCAAGGACCCGUCGGUGUUUACUCCCCCGAGCACUUGCCAGACGGCCCGGCCAGAGAAGAUGAGCGAGGACUGUGUCCUGUAAACCUGGAACCCAGAAGUGACCACACUGGCCUGCAGUGCCAGUGAGCCCAGCUGGAUCCCGACUGAGAUUUGAGGAGCUGAGGAUCUUCAUUGAAAAUAAAUAUAAUUUUAGGAAGAUAAACAUGGAUGUGUGCUUUGUUUUGUUUUGUUUUAUAUUUUGACUACUCAAGCUAUGUUUACAAAAUGAAUGUCAAAUAGAUGGCUAAUAUGGAUAUUUUAGACAUUUCUGAAGCCUCGUUGGGUACUGAUUCUUAUGCAUGUGCAAGCUGAUACUAAAUGAAGUGGCGAACAAGGGGUAAGGGGUCCAUAGGAGCAGUUUGCACUGGCAGGGAGGGGUGUUUUACUACUGACAUUGUGGAAAAUUGCUGGGACGUGGUGAUAAUUAAAGCAGAUUGAUUUGGGUCAGUUUUAUUAUUAAUUUUUAAGUUCUUUACAGAAAAUGAGCCCUUUAUUGUCUGCACCAGAGUGGUGGACUGCUCCCACUGACCUCCACCUCUGCAAUUAACUAGCCACUAACAAAAUGAUCCCUUACAAUCCCUUCCAGACUCAAGAGCUUUAUGGCAUGCCUCAGUGGACAUAAAGAUUUUAGGAGGAAAUUAAAGGCUAAAUUAAGAAGUAAUUAUCCCUCUCCAGAAACAUUUUAAUCAAGAGGGUUUGGAAAUCUUGUCUACAAGAUUGUCUACAAAAUGCCUACCCCUGGGUAUGCAUGAGCCAUGUCUGCUUUCCUUUUUUUCUAUGCAAAAGUACUAAUAUAUGUGCUGAAUCACCAAAUACAUGUCAACAGACCUAGAAAGGCAGGUGGUAUUUUAAAAAUAGCCCUGAACUGGAAGUCAGGAGACUAUUGUCUCCUAAAUCCAGACUUGGAAUUCCCUCGUACUCUCAUGCCUUUGGUCAACUAAAUGCACUUCAUUUUCCUCACUUAGCCUUCAUGGGUGGUCCUGUGUUCUGGAGACACUGUUCCAGGACCUCUGUAUCUGACCUCUGCUCCUCCUUCCCUGCUAGUUUACAUGUGACCUUCCCUGACAAUCGCCCCCAAGCCUGAAAAGCCUUGCACCUUGAGCAUGCUCUUCUCACCAUACUGAGCUCCUGAACACUGUCAUCCGCUGUCCUGGCUAUGAGCUCCUCAACUACGGGCACCACAUUCUGAUUACCUUUAUAUUCCCAGCACCAAGCAAGUGCCUGGCACGUGGGCAGUGCCCUACACAUUUGCAGAGUGACAAAAGCUAGUUUCUCUGGUCUUUAAAUGGUAUGGCAGGGUUUCCUGGCCUCCAGGGAAACUUUCAGUAAUAAAAUGUGUUAUUCUAUCUCCUUCUCCUAUAGCAUUUUGUCUGGCUACCUAUCUUCUUUAUUUACCAGGAGAAAUGUGUGGCACCUAUGUUAUGCUGAAAACAAUUGUAUUACUCACAGUUUAUCUAUAUUAUUUCAAUAAAAAUGUUACUGCA